CUUGUGAUACAAGUUUUGGUUUUUGUCUCAAGUAUCCUUCUGGUCCUGCAGGAACGGAGCUGCUCUAACAGAUAUAAAUAGACUUUUUUAGAUUUUUACUGGACUACAUGAGAAGAAGCGAUGGCGGGAGCGGCUACAGCAGUCUGUCUCGUCUUACUGUGGGGUGUAUUUGUUUCAGCUCUUUCAGCUUCUCCAGAUGUUCAUGUUUUUGCAAAGAAACUUGAAACUGAAUCGAAGAAGCUGAUCCUGACCUGCCUGGCCACGGGCUUCUAUCCCAAAGACGUGGUGAUGAGUCUGAGGAAGUCCAAGAGUUCACUGCCUGAACAUCUACUAACAUCUUCAGGAGUCAGACCCAAUGAAGAUGGAACCUACCAGCUGAGGAAGAGUGUGGAGAUCCUGGAGGAUGAAGCAGCAGAUUAUGACUGUUAUGUGAUUCACAGCUCCAUCAGCACCCCAGUAAUUAAACAGUGGGAUGUAAAAUGCAGUAACUGCCAGAGAAGUCUGAGCGGAGGAGUGACUGCAAGAGUGAGUAUAGGAGUGUCGGUGGCUCUGCUGGCUGUGCUGGGUGGGAUCAUGUGUUUGUAAAAAGCAGAGGAGAACCGGUGAGUAUAGACUAUAUUAGUGUUUAAAGAAGGAACAUUAACAGUGCUGUAAAUACUCCACAGAACAUCUGCAGAGCUUUACUAGAUCAGUGCUGUCACUGAUGGUCCCAGCUGUUCUUAAACUCACUGUGUGACGUUAGUGGCAGCUUUAGAGGUGAAAUCGGAGAAAUCUUUAUAAUAACCAGAACCGUAAAGACUUUCCCUUUAGAAUUUCACAUCAAUAAUAACAAUAAUUAAAUAACAUACAUUGAAUUUCUCCUUUUCACUGAUCCUUGUAUUUCAGUUUAUUUAUUAAUCUAAUACCUUCUUCAGGCUCUUACUCACAAAUUUGGAAAUUGCCUCUAGUGUUCAGUGACACUGGAAGGCGUUUAAAGUUGGGGAGCUGAAAUUUUAGCAGUAUACGUGUGACGUGAACAAUGACGUCGUUUACAAUUAUUCACCUUUUUCAUCUGAAUUUUUUGCUGACUUCAUCAAACAGAGCGGUUUUGUGACCUGCUGUAAUGAGGACAGCAGUUUAUUAUCAUAACUGACUGAGCUGAGCAGCAGCCAAUCAGAUUGCUGAUGUGUUGUGGUAAUGAUUGCGUUACACAGUGAGAUAAGGGUUAAUAACACAGGAAUGUAUUCUAAGUACUGGACAUUAUUCUGUGUUCGAGUGUAAAGACGAUUUGGCUGCUUUGUUGAUCAGAACUGCCCACAGCUCUGAUCACACUUCCCCCUGUAACCUCAGCCUGGGAGUGUUUUAGUGACGCCCCAAAGCGGUCAGCAGGUCAGGGAAGUGAUUCAGCUCCUAGACAGUAAACGGCUACUGCAGGGGUUGAAAAUAUAUGGAUAAAAUCUAAAAACAAACUCUAAAACAAACUGUUUUAAUUUAAGGACUUUCAGUUAAAGGAUCAGCGCUGCACAGUGCACCCACAGACUGCAAUGAACAUGUGGUCACACCUGAAGAACAUGCAGCACUAUCUGGACAUCAUCUCCAAGAGUGAGAGCAGCGUGGACCUGCUUUAGAUCUGAAAUGAAAGCUAUUGAACUUGACCGUUCACGCCAGUCUCGCUCAGCUUCACCUCCACUGCUUUAUAAAUAUGUUGGCUGUCCUGUUUGACGUGUGCUGGUGUGUAUGAACAUUAAGACUAUGUACCGUUUUAUGCUACUGUCUGUCACUGAAAGAUUCAUUUUGUUUCUAAAUUUGGAGAAAUGAUCUCUCAGUAGAGACAAAAACAAUAAUUUAUCAUCAGUAAAUGUGCUUUCAUUACAGUCGGUGAUCAUUAUUAUUAAUGUGUGGAAGAAAUUCUGGAAAUGUUUUCUCUGAAUGAGGUUUUAAUUCAAUAAAUAAGAUCAUAUUUUUA